GCAGUUCGAGAAUCAUUUGCAGCUACAGCAGCUCAACUUUGCACCUAGUACACAGGAAGGAUCUUAUUAGGGACUGUCGCGUCAUGAACAAGCAUCUCCCAAUAAAUUUUCACGACUCUCCUCGGUCUGUCUCCGCAUCCUACACUGCGCUUUACGGGCCCUCUGCCGCGCACGAACGCCGUUGAGUUUAGCUUCUCAAUGACCGCCGGAUGCUCAAGCCUGCUCAUAGCCUUGGCUGAGAGCGAAUUGCAGGCUUCGUAUGGAAUGACGCGAGGCCUUGCCUGGGAAUUGCCGUCCUCAUUUCAGAGACUGUAUAUAUCCUCAGGGUCCAUCUUAGAACCUUAUUCGUGACUUCCUCAGCUGUGUAUGUCCUUUCUCUGAGGCGCUACACUCAGCCAAGUACAGACGUUUCACCCUGAUCCCAGUUGCUUUUUCGUGUCAGCAUGCCGUCCACCAACACGUUCUUUGCUGUCAGCGCAGCUGUCGGUUGUGCCUUGGCGCAGCAAGUACCUGCAGCUGCCCAGGUUGUGGAUCAGAAGAUCUUCAACGUGUUGGAGAAUGUCCCGCCGCCCGCCAUCGCGAAUGCCACCACGCUGUUCGUCUGGCCUGGUGUUACCGAAGAGUCUCUAUUAGCCAAGCCUUUUCACGUAUACGACGAAGAGUUUUAUGACGUCAUUGGAUCCAACCCGUCCUUGACCCAGAUCGCCUCCUCAGAGUCGGACCCUAUUUUCCACGAGGCUGUGACAUGGUACCCCAAGCGUGACGAGGUUUUCUUUGUUCAGAACGCUGGUGCUCGCGCAGCGGGCACAGGCCUCAACAAGUCUUCCAUCAUUCAGAAGAUCUCCCUCGCAGAUGCCGAGAAGGUCCGCAACGGUACUCUCAAGGCUGCACCUGUGACCAUUGUCAACACCACCAACCCCCAGGUUAUCAAUCCCAAUGGUGGCACGAACUACAAAGGCAACAUCAUCUUCGCUGGUGAGGGCCAGGGAGAUAAGGUUCCCUCGGCGUUGUAUAUUAUGAAUCCUGAGGCACCAUACAAUACGACUACCCUCGUCAACAACUACUUUGGUCGUCAGUUUAACUCCCUGAAUGACUUGGUUGUGAGCCCCAAGAACGGUGAUCUUUACUUCACCGACACCCUCUAUGGCUACCUCCAGGACUUCCGUCCCGUUCCCGGACUGAGGAACCAGGUGUACCGCUACAACUUCAAAACUGGCGCUAUCACCGUCGUUGCUGACGACUUCACUCUGCCCAACGGUGUCACUAUUUCCCCUGAUGGUAACAAGGCUUACGUGACCGACACUGGCAUCGCGCUCGGUUUCUACGGCCUGAACCAGUCCUCUCCUGCCUCUGUCUAUUCCUUCGAUGUCGCUAAGGAUGGUACAUUUGAGAACCGCAAGACCUUCGCCUAUGUUCCGGCUUUCAUCCCUGACGGUGUUCACACAGACUCCAAGGGCCGUGUCUACACUGGUGCUGGUGAUGGUGUCUGGGUAUACAACACCUCUGGCAAGCUCAUUGGAAAAAUCUACACAGGUACCACUGCUGCUAACUUCCAGUUCGCUGGCAAGGGACGCAUGAUCAUCACUGGUCAAACCAAGCUGUUCUACGUCACUGUCGCUGCUUCCGGCGCACCUAUUCAAUAAGCCUAGGCCUCAGCCUAGACCUGUAACUAUACCUAUGACCGAUAUGCAGAUGUACAUAGACCCUAAUAGACCACGACAUAAUGGUUAAUAGUCUGCCGUCC